CCCGGGGACUUCUCAAAGGGGGUCUUUAAAUGGGCUUUGAGGAUAGGAGUUGGGAGCAGAGACAGACAUUCCCGGCAGUGGGGAGGAAUGCAGGGUGUGUUCUGAGACAUGUGAUUUGUUCAUUUUGGCCUGAGUACAAGGAAUGUAUCAGGCCGCAGCAGCAGAUAAGAUUAGACAGAGUCAGAGGAGCUGGGUCUUGCUGUAUAGCCUGGACCCAGACAUAGUCCCUUCUUGUGCUUCUCCUUCUUAAUACCGGAGUUGGAAAUCCCUGUUCUGCCUGUUUCCCAGUUGCUGGGGGCUCAAAUGAGUUUUGGGGGUAUAAAACAUCAGACAAGAUGGAGGGGUUGUUUCUAAGCAAAGUCCAGGUUAGAUCCCAAGGCCCUCAGAUGCUGGGAGAGGGUUUCACCAUCCCAUUUGACAGAUGAGUCACUGAGGCCCAAAGGAGUUCACAGUCAAACAGGAAACAGUAGGGGCAGAGGGGAGGACUAGAAUUCUUAGUUUGCAGUAUUCUGGCCUUCCCCUCCCACUGAGGAGAAAAACAAAGCAGGGAAGGGAGACAAAAAUUGUUUUAUGCUAGGUGCAAUGUUAGACGGGUUUUCAGGGAAGUGCUGUGAUGUCAUUGCUUGCUUUACAAUGUCAGAAAGAAUAAGACAGACUACCAUGACUCCCUGUGACGCCACGGCCAGCUCUAUGACGCCCAGUUAGGAUGUUACGCGGUGAUCGUGAUCUCCUCUAUGACGUCAGCAGCCAAGCCCAGAUACAGGGGGAGAGGGCUGGGUCCAACCUCGGGGCCCGCCGGCUGCACGCAGGGUCCGAACUGUCCGGGCGGCGCGCACUGGCUGAGGACCUUCGCCGCUGCGGCGGCGACUUUGGCGUCCGUGAGAAGGAGACCCCAGGUCAGGAUGCGGCGGAGCCCCCGUCCGGGCUCGGCCGCUGCCCCGCACAAGCACACACCCAACUUCUACAGCGACAACAGUUCAGUGAGCGCCACCUCCGGAGACAGCAGCGGGCACCGGUCAACUGGGCCGGGGCCCGGGGAGCCCGAGGGUAGAACAGCCCGGGGCUCGAGCUGCGGUGAGCCCGCCUUGAGCCCAGGAGUGCCCGGAGGAACCACAUGGGCUGGAAGCUCUCGGCAGAAGCCGGCGCCCCGGAGCCACAAGGGGCAGACGGCCUGUGGCGCGGCAACCGUGAGGGGCGGGGCCUCGGAACCGACUGGGACUCCCGUAGUCUCUGAGGAGCAGCUCGACGUUCUCCCGACACUGGAUAUGAGACAGGAGAUGCCAGCCCCGCGGGUGUCCAAGAGCUUCCUGAACCAGCUCUUCCAGGUCCUGAGCGUGUUGUUAUCCCUGGUAGGAGACGUGCUGGUCAGUGUGUACAGGGAGGUCUGUUCCAUCCGCUUCCUCCUCACGGCCGUGUCGCUGCUGAGCCUCUUUCUGGCAGCGCUCUGGUGGGGGCUCUUGUACCUGGUCCCUCCUUUGGAGAAUGAACCUAAGGAGAUGCUGACUAUGAGCGAGUACUACGAGCGCGUGCGCUCCCAGGGGCAGCAGUUGCAGCAGCUUCAGGCCGAGCUGGAUAAACUCCACAAGGAGAUGUCCAGCGUCCGCGCCGCCAACAGCGAGAGAGUGGCGAAGCUUGUGUUCCAGAGGCUGAAUGAGGACUUUGUGCGGAAACCGGACUAUGCGUUGAGCUCCGUGGGAGCCUCCAUCGACCUAGAGAAGACAUCCCACGACUACGAGGACGCUGACACUGCCUACUUCUGGAAUCGCUUCAGCUUCUGGAACUACGCGCGGCCGCCCACGGUUAUCCUGGAGCCGGACGUGUUCCCUGGAAAUUGCUGGGCUUUUGAGGGCGACCAGGGCCAAGUGGUGAUCCGGCUGCCGGGCCGUGUACAGUUGAGCGAUAUCACCCUGCAGCAUCCGCCGCCCAGCGUGGCGCACACCGGGGGAGCCAACAGUGCUCCCCGAGACUUCGCAGUCUAUGGCCUCCAGGUUGAUGAUGAGACUGAAGUUUUCUUGGGGAAAUUCACCUUCGAUGUGGAGAAAUCUGAGAUUCAGACGUUCCACCUGCAGAAUGACCCCCCAGCUGCCUUUCCCAAGGUGAAGAUCCAGAUUCUAAGCAACUGGGGCCACCCCCGCUUCACAUGCUUGUAUCGAGUCCGUGCCCAUGGCGAGCGAACCUCAGAGGGGGCAGGGGACAGUACCACAGGGGUCACUGGGGGACCGCAUUAAACGCACUGAUGGAGUAGA